UUGAAAAUUUUAAGAAAAUAAGAUUUAUUAACAGUAGAACUGAAUAAAAAAAUAUUAAAUGAUUAUUUACAAUCAUUUUAAUUUUAAAAAUACUAUGGCAUUCGCAAGAAACGGGUUUGUAUAUUGUAAAAGACGUUUAAAAUGGGAAUUUCGUAGUGUAUCUGAUAUAAGUUAUCAGGUUAAGGACUGUCAAAGUAGUAAAACAGAUAGUAAGGAAAUAGAAUCAAAAGUCUGGAAUCGGCGAGUUGUUUCGGGAUUGCAACCGACGGGAGCUUUACAUGUCGGCAACUACUUCGGCGUUGUGCGUCGCUGUGUCCGUCUACAGGAUCAAGGAGAUGAUCUCAUGUUAUUCAUUGCUGAUCUUCAUGCACAUACAAUUCCACAGGAUCCGGUUACAGUUCAAGAAAACUCUCUAGAACUCACUGCAUUUUUGCUGGCCAGUGGGGUUGAUCCCGAAAGAACUGUUCUAUUUGCACAGUCAGCUGUGCCUCGGCAUGCAGAGCUCUGUUGGCUACUGGCAUGCCUCGCUACACAUGCACGUCUUGCUCACCUGCCACAGUUUAAAGAGAAGUCUGCUAAUAUGAAAGAAGUUCCACUUGGCUUGUUGCUCUAUCCUGUGCUUCAGGCCGCAGAUGUGUUAGUUUAUCGAGGUACUCAUGUGCCUGUAGGAGUAGAUCAGAUACAACAUCUGCAGGUAGCCUCACAGCUUGUGCGAACCUUUCACCACCGCUUUGGAAAACUUUUCCCCACACCCCGUCCCAUCCUACCAGAUGAUGGAAGUGAUCGGGUUAGAAGUCUGCGAGAUCCAACUAAGAAAAUGUCGAAAUCUGAUUCAGAUGCAAAGUCUAGAAUAUUAUUAAGUGAUUCCGAUGAAAUAAUUAAAUUGAAAAUAAGGAAAGCUGUAACAGACUUCACACCACAGGUAACGUUCGAUCCUGAUGCGCGGCCGGGCGUUUCUAACCUCGUGACUCUGCACUGCCUCGCUUCCGACAAGACCGUCGAGGAGGCGGUGGAGGAGGCGGACGGUCUCACCACCGCGCGCUACAAGAGCGUGGUGGGCGACGCGCUGUGCGAGGCGCUGGCGCCCGUGCGGGAGCGCGCACGCGAGCUGCGCGCGCGGCCGGCCGCGCUGCGCGACGUGCUGCGCCACGGCGCCGCGCGCGCGCGCCGGCGCGCCGACGUCGUCUACGCGGACGUCGCCGACAGGCUGGGCCUGGCACCCGUCGCCCCCGAACCGCGAGUGCUCACUCACGCUCUCCGCCUCGCGUAGUCGAGAUGAUGACUGCUUUAGUAUACCUGAUUUAGUUCGUGUGACGUGGGACAUUAAUGAAAACUACACAGCUAUUCGU